CCCCAGGGCCACCAGGGCACGUGUCCCCAGGAGAGCGUGUACUGCGAGAACAAGUGCGGGGCCCGCAUGAUGCGGCGCCUGCUGUCCCAGCACACCCUGGCCGAGUGCCCCAAGCGCACCCAGCCCUGCACCUACUGCGCCAAGGAGUUCGUCUUCGACACCAUCCAGAACCAACAGUACCAGUGUCCCCGGUACCCCGUGCCCUGCCCCAACCAGUGCGGGACGCCCAGCAUCGCCCGGGAGGAUGUGCCCACCCACCUCAAGGAGAGCUGCAACACUGCCAUGCUGCUGUGCCCCUUCAAGGACGCUGGCUGCAAGCACCGGUGCCCCAAGCUGGCCAUGGGCCGUCACCUGGAGGAGAGCACCAAGACACAUCUGGGUAUGGUGUGUGCCCUGGUGAGCCGGCAGCGGCAGGAGAUCCUGGAGCUGCGGCGGGAUGUGGAGGAGCUGUCGGUGAGCAGCGACGGGACCCUCAUCUGGAAGAUCGCUGACUACGCCCGCAAGCUGCAGGAGGCCAAAGCCCGAAGCAACUACGAGUUCUUCAGCCCCCCUUUCUACACCCACAAGUACGGCUACAAGCUCCAGGUCUCGGCUUUCCUCAACGGCAGCGGGAGCGGGGAGAGCAGCCCCCUCUCCGUCUACAUCCGCGUGCUGCCGGGCGAGUACGACAACCUGCUGGAGUGGCCCUUCUCCUACCGCGUCACCUUCUCCUUGCUGGACCAGAGCGACCCUUCGCUCUCCAAGCCCCAGCACAUCACCGAGACCUUCCACCCCGAUCCCAACUGGAAAAACUUCCAGAAGCCAGGAGCCUCGCGCAGCUCCCUGGACGAGAGCACCCUGGGCUUCGGCUACCCCAAGUUCAUCUCCCAUGAGGACAUCAAGAAGCGGAACUACGUGCGGGACAACGCCAUCUUCAUCAAAGCCUCUGUGGAGAUCCCCCAGAAGAUCCUGGCCUGAGCCCCGGUGCCCCGGGGGGGGACAGGAUGUGAGCCGGGUGCCCGCCCAGGGGUGCCCCAGGUGGUGCUGAGCCCC